CUUCUCUACCUGCCAAUGUUUGCCAGAACUGAUGAUGAUAUGCGUGCCUAAAUGUCUUUAGCAUAAAUUUCACUGUUUUGAUUUAGUCAAGUUUUCCUGCUUUCCACUGCUUCUAAUUGUUAACUGUCAUCACCUGGAGGUGUUUGAGCUGCAGCUGUCCAAUCAAAGCAUGAACCAGGCCUGUGGUCAGUUAUAUAGCAUUUGUUUUCACUGCCUCUGGUUGAUUGACAAGUUCUUCCUAUCCCAGAUCCAGCUAUGUCUCGGAGCCUGCUUUUCACCAUCUUGUGUGGAUUUGCAGCGGCCGUUAACAGUUCAGAACUCGAUCGACACUGGGAGCUAUGGAAGACAGUGCAUAAAAAAGUGUAUUCUCAUCAGAUUGAGGAGAUGGGUCGCAGGAGGAUUUGGGAAGAAAACUUGGAAAUGAUUAAUGUCCAUAACCUGGAAGCAUCCCUGGGUUUACACACCUACGAACUAGCAAUGAACCACUUGGGAGACCUGACCUCUGAGGAGGUCGUGGGCACACUGAUGGGCACCAUUGUGCCCUCUGAUCUGAAGAGGGGUCCUUACAACUUCGUCAGGGUCAAUACUUCUCUACCAGCAUCACUGGACUGGAGGGAAAAAGGCCUGGUAACUGAGGUCAAAAUGCAGGGUUCUUGUGGCUCUUGCUGGGCCUUCAGUGCAGUUGGAGCUCUGGAAGGGCAGCUCAAGAAGUCUACAGGUAUCCUGAUGUCCCUCAGUUCUCAAAAUCUGGUGGACUGCUCCCUAAAAUACAACAACCACGGGUGCAAUGGUGGCUUCAUGACAAAUGCCUUCAAGUAUGUCAUUAAAAACCAAGGCAUUAACUCUGAUGCUUCCUACCCCUAUACUGGCAAACGUGGGAAAUGCAAGUAUAACCCAUGGCAUCGGGCAGCUAACUGCUCCAGCUAUGUCUUGUUGCCAGCAGGGGAUGAACUUGCAUUAAAAGCAGCCUUAGCUAACAUUGGCCCCAUCUCCGUCGCAAUUGAUGCUUCCAGGUCGAAGUUUCUCUUCUACCAUCAUGGUGUGUAUAAGGACCACACAUGCACCAAGAAUGUGAACCACGGAGUGCUGGCUGUGGGCUACGGCAGAGAGAGAGGACUCGAUUACUGGCUGGUCAAAAACAGUUGGGGUGUAAACUACGGAGAUGAAGGCUACAUCAAGAUGGCUCGGAACAGUCACAACCAGUGUGGCAUUGCUCUCUAUGCUUGUUACCCCAUCAUGUGAUCAGCAGAUGGCCUAAUGUUUUCUUUUUUUUAUGUACAGUAAAUCUCUUAAAUAA